GCAUAACUUGAGCAGAAGCAAGCAGCAGGCCGGGCCGUCGACAGGAGACGAGUAUUAGCCACGUCAGUACGCAUGGAAGACAUUCACAAAAGCGUCCGGUGGGACGCUGACGUGGCGCUGGGGCAGAGGGAACAGAGGCAGCCCCAGCAGCAGCAAGAGCAGCAGCAGCAGCAGCAGCAGAACGAGCACAGCAGAGGCAGUGGUGGCGUUGCAGUAGUGUCAGGGACACGCUUCACGUCGAAGCCGUCGAUCAAUAAUAGUAAAUCGUCAUCCCUCGAUGCGAAUCUGCCUCUCGGGGCACUGCCGAGACGCCGCGAAUCUGCAGCCGCUUCGAGCCCCGACUCGGGCAACCCCAAGACGUACGAGUUGCGGCGAUCUGGCCGUAAGCGGCGGCCGCCAGAGAACAGCGACUUCGAGUACGUCGACUUCGACCCGUACCGGCCUCCCUCGGUCAAGAAAGUGAAGCAGAAGCCAUCCCACACCUCCAAUUCUCGCUCCUUUAUGGCCCGUCGCACGCACACUGACUGGGGGCGCUCCUCCGCCGCUGCUCCUCGCAGCAACAGCGGCAGGAUGCAGGAGUUGGUGAGCGAGGGGAAAGGCAGGAGAGACAGGCACCUGCAAGGAGGAGAGCGGGAACGGCGCAGGCAAGAGGAGGCUCGGUUCUCCCAGAGGCGAACUGGCUACUCUACGAAGUACGGCAGCCAGAGCGACGGGGGCAGGGCGCGGGGCAGCAGCGGCGGGCAGGCAGAGCAAGGGGAAGCGGGUGGGACGGUGGGGAGAGGGGAGGGUUUUGGCCGCGAGCCUCCAAGGCGGGAGGGUUUACGGCCGAGGAGGAAAAGUGGAGGGGGGACGAUGAGAGAGCGGUAUGAGGCAAUGGGUAUGACGGUGCUGGAUGGUAGGGAGGUGGAGAGGCGGAGGAGGGAGAGAGUAAAGAGGCGUAGAAGAAGGAUGCGUCGGCAGGAGGAUGAUGAGGAAGAUGAGGAGGAGGAGGAUGAAGAGGAGGAGGAGGAGGAGGAGGAGGAGGAGGAGGAGGAAGGGGAUGAUCAUGGGAGUGAGGGCCAUGAUGAAGGGGAUGUUAGAGAAAUGGGCGGGGAAGGGGAAGAGGAAGAGGAAGAGCAGGAGGAGGAGGAGGAAGACGAGGAGGAGGAGGAAGAGGAGGAGGACGAUGAUCGCGCGUUCUUUUCUGCGAGAGCUUACACGCGGCGGCGACGGAAUGGUGUGAAGAUGGCCCAGGGGAGAGGGCAGGAGGUAGAUACAGUGCAUGUGGACCAUGAUGAAGACGAGGGGCAUGAGGCGGAGGAGGACGGGGGGGAAGACGAGGAGGAGGAGGAGGAGGACGACGACGAGGACGAGGAGGAGGAGGAAGAAGAGGAGGAAGAUGCAGGGGCGGGGGAGAGGAGAGGGAUUGAGAAGGCAGGGGAGAGGAGGAGCCAGAGGGUUUACGGGCGAAGGCGGAGUGAGGUAUGGGCGGAGGAGGACGGUGGCGAAACGGAUGGAGAGGACGAGCAGGAGGAGGGUGAGGGUGAGGGUGAGGGCAGGGGAAGGGGGGCUGCUCAUGGGGCGCGGCGGCGGCCGCUGGAGGGAGUAUCGGGAAGGGCGCUGGGUCGUUCGGAUGGGCAGGAGGAGGGAGGGCGGCAGGAAGGAAGGGAGAAGAGAAGCCGGGUUUCCUCUGGGCUGUUGAAGGAGCGGGAGGGUCAACGGGUGCAGGGGGGAGAAGGGCGAGGGUUGAGGUGGCAGUUGAGAGACGAGAAGGAUAGGGGGCAGAGUGGGAGGAGUAGGGAGAGAGGAGAGAGGGAGGUGAGGGGGUCGGAGAGUCGAUUGGGGCAAGACGUUGGGGCGCAGGAGGGCAGGAAAAGGGAGAAGGAUAGUGGUUGUGCGGUGGGUGCGAACGGAAGCUUGCGGGGGGCUGAUGGGACCAGAGGAAACGCUAAAGCAGAGCCGCACGAGUUGCUGCGAUCGCCCUAUGAGUUGAGGAGAUCGAACAGGUGGGGUGCAGCUGCAGAUGGGGCUGAGGCGAAGGAAAAAGGGGAGGCUGGAGCGGAAGGGGAAGUUGGGGAGAGAGGAGAGGGAGGGGAGGGGCGGGGAGGAAAGUUGGUUCUUGGGGAGAAUGUGCAAGAGGGGGGGGUGGGGGGGGAAAAGGUGGAGGUUGUGGAGUUGCAUGAUAGUGAGGAGGAGGAGGUGGGUGAGGCUAGGGGGCGAAGGUCAAGCAGGAAACGAGGGAGGAGGGAGGCGAAGGAUGAGGAGGAAGGUGGGGGGCCGGAGGAGGAGGAAGAAGUGGAGGAAAAGGAAGAGGAGGAGGGGGAGGGGGAGGAGGAAGAGGAGGAGGAGGUCGGAAAGGAGGAGGAGGAGGCACAUGGGGUUGCAAAAGGAGGAGCUGCAAGUGGUAAAGGAAAUGGAAAGGGUCAGGAGGGGGUGGAUGGGGUGAAAGCGGGUGGAGAGAAGGGGGUGGAUGGUGGGGAAGCGGAUGCGAAGGGGGGUGGAGCAGACGAGGGUGUGGAGGAGGAUGGUCAGGAGGAGGAAGACGAGGAGGAGGAGGAGGAAGAAGAGGAAGAGGAAGAAGAAGAGGAGGAGGAGGAAGGUGAGGAGGAUCGGUACCCGAGGACUCGAUCUAGGGCGGCAAGAGCAGACGAAGGGGAUGGGCAUAGAGAGGGGGAGGAAGAAGAGGAGGAAGAGGAGGAGGAGGAGGAGGAGGAGGAGGAGGAAGACGAGGAGGACGAGGAGAUGGAAGAAGAAGAGGAGGAGAAGGAGGAGGAGGGAAGAGGCCGGUACGCCCUGCGAAGCAGAGAACCACCGACGCGGCCACAACAGCAGCAGCAGCAGCAGCAGCAGAGGCGUGGUGGUGCCCUUGCGUCCUCUGGAGCUCAGCUUCCUCUGCGCACUCGAGGGGCCCUGCGCCGAUUCACUGCAGAAGCAAGCAGGCAACGAACAGGGGGCAGUGUAGGAGCAGGAGCAGGAGGAGCGGGAGCAGGAGGUACCGGAGGGGCGGGUGGUGGUGGCGCUAGUGGUGGGAAGGCACACGAGGGGCAGCGUCAUUCCCUCAGAGUCUCACUAGCUGCUGCUGCCAGGCAGCAGCAGCAGCGGCAGCAGCAGCAGGCCCACCACCACUCCCACAGCCAGCACCACCACCAGUACACCCGGGGGGGAGCAGGAGGCGGAUCGGGAGCAGGCGGAGGAGGAGGAGGAGGAGGAGGGGGGGGGGGAGGUGCAGGAGGAGGGGGAGGAGGGGGAGGGGGGGGAGGGGGGACAGGCAGAGGAGGUGGAGGAACUGCAGCAGCAGGUGGAGGGGCAGGAGGAGGGGGGGGAGGAGGGGGAGGAGGAGGAGGAGGAGGAGGAGGAGGAGGAGCAGGGGGAGGGGCCGGUGGUGCGGUGGCAGCAGGGGUGGGUGCGGUGAUGGGGAAGUCGUCAACCUCGUGGUCCAAAAUGGGGGCGGACAUACAGCCCCUGCGCGUGGACCCCUUGGUCACAUUCGAUCAAGUGGGCGGGUUGUCUCGGUACAUCGGCGCGCUCAAGGAGAUGGUAUUCUUCCCGCUGCUCUACCCCGAGUUCUUUGCACGCUACAGCAUAUCCCCGCCCAAGGGCGUGCUGCUCUGCGGCCCCCCCGGGACGGGCAAGACCCUGGUGGUGCGGGCGCUGGCCAGUGCGGCAGCUAGA